GUCUCACUCAGUCAAUCCAAGUUGCGACAGAUUGUGACUAACGCGUGUCCAAGUCUUCAAAGUCUAAAGUUGAGUCGCAACGGUCGCAUUAUAUCUCCUGUUUGUUGCUUGAAACAACUAACCAAGGAAUAUUUUGUGUGAAAGAGAAUGGAUUAUCAUAAGAAGAGACGCAAGAAACUGAAGUCCUGUCAAGAUAACAUGUGAAGUAAGGAGUUUGGCGAAAGUUGUAUCUUACAGUUUUUAUCAGUCUUUGCAUACCACCCUUUAGGCAUCAUGCGUAAGAAUAUGGAUCAUGAUGUAAACUGAGAGGGCUACAUCCAAAUUAUCUAGCCAUGGCUGAAUCUGUGAAUAAGGAGGUAAAGGAACCCAGCUCUAUGGAGGACAGCAGUGCUGGGUAUGAGACGUCCGAAGGGGAAUGUCUGGAAGAAGAAACCAGCGACGUCUAUGCUCAGCUGGCUCACAAAGAACGUGACCUGAUCUUGGCUGCUGAAUUGGGGAAGGCUCUGCUGGACUCAAAUCAAGAGCUGCAGACUCGCUAUGAUCAGAUGGUUGAGGAUUUCUCUCGAAAGAUAGAGAUUUUACAGCAAGAGAAGUAUGACCUUCAUCUGGAGCUUGAGAAGGCAGGUACCCAACACCAGAACACUGUGAAAGACUUGCAAGAUGACGUGGCCUCAUUGCGGAAACAACUUCGCAACUCUGAUCAGAUUGAGUCGAGUGAAAGAGAAAGGUCAAGGUCACUGCGUGAAGCUCAACAGAAUACGGAUUACCUGAUGGAGCAGAUGCGCCAGGUCUCGGCCAAAGAGGAAGAGCUUCAGAAAGAACUGAGUAGGCAGAAAGAGCAGAAUGAGACAAGUGUGGCCACAAUACAGGAUCAGAUUGACCAUAUUGCUAUGUUGAGAGAGCAGGUGGAGUAUCUCAGUGAAAAGCUGAGGGAGGCAAAUCAAAAAAUGAUUGACAUGGAAGGAGAACGAGACUCACUGACAAACGCUCUGGAGGCAGCGCAUGAGAAGUUACAGGCUUUAGAACUAGAGUUGGCUUCACGGGAUGAGCAGAUUCUAAAGCAAAACCAUGAGGUGGAAGAACUUCAAGAAUCAAAUUCGGAACUUCAAGAACAAUUGCGGCGAAGAAAUCAAAUUCAGUACCACUACUCACCAUAUCCAAACAUUGCUUUCACCCAAGGUCAUGGGAAUGUAAGAAGCUUUGACAGACCAGCUGCCCAAGCAAACCAUAAUGAUCUCAGCAAAAAUCAGAGGAACAGCCAGAAUGUUCCAUCUCUAAUCUCUCAGAAUCUCCCCCCAGAACCAGCCACAUUCCAUGGUGGUCAUCAAAAGACCAAAGGAUCACCAGAGGAUAUAGAGUGCAGUAAUACUUCCCCCCCGUCUGAUCCAUCUGCCGAAAAUUCAAAUGUUGACCAGAGAAUGAAUGAAAAGUCUUUGCUGGCGGAGUUCAAUGAUUCCUGCCCCGAGCUUGGGAAUGAUGAAAGUCCUCCUUUGCUGUCACAUCUUUCGAUAGCCACAGAAUCCUCAUUGCCUCUUCGCCAUCGCAGAAAUAUUAGCGACGGCAGCAUAUCGUCCAUGACGGAAGGGUCUCGCAAGCGGCACCAUCAGAAUAUCGGAGGAGAUAGUGAUGAUGAAGAUGUAAACAGAGCAGGAGAUAAGACUGGACCCAGCAGUGGCUGCAAGCAAACUCUUUACUCUAAAUCUAUCACAAAGCAUCAAAUGCCACAGAAAAUGGUGUCGGAAAAGUCUCGUGUCAUUCUCAGCUCUUACUCAGAAAAUAACAGUGAAGUUUGUCAGCCAGCAGUAAAGAAAGAGAAGGACCAAACUCUGUCAUCUGUGGCUAUUUCUCAGGAAGAAAAUCUGUGCAAGGCCCUCAUAGCCAGUGAGGAAGCUGCCACUGUGUUAGUUGUUGGUCCGCCUCUAUCAUCUGGGCCUACAUUUCAGGUGAAAGACGUCAUCCAACGCAGUUUAUCUCUUCCGACAGACGAAUUCUCCGAGCCUGAUGGGGAGUGUGGAAUGAUUACAAGCCCCGAUUCAAACGAGAAGUCGUUACUCUCUGAACUGUCCUCUCACAUUCUCGACUCAGGCUCAUACAGUUCGUGUCCACCAGAACAGUCUCUGUUUUCUGAGCUUUCCUCUCAACUGAUGGAAGACAAAAAUGGCGGGAGCUGCUCGGACUCGUCAUCCACGUGCAUGAUGGGAGUGUUUGACUUCUCCUCCGGACAGGAGGGCCAUGACAAUGAGCAAGGAUCAGAAGAUCUGUUUACUGAUUCUCACUCAGGAAGACCUACCAGACAUGAGAUGGAUGUCUGGCAUAACACGACCUGCGUGGCAGCGGACUUGUUGGAUGAAGAUGACUUUGAGUGUGACGACGAUGACUUUCUCGUUGGGAACUUGGCCGGGACCACCUUGUCUAUCGGUGAUAGCGGACACCGUACCUUACAUUAUCAGUACCAUUGCUAUGGUGUGGAGGAGGCCGAGACUGACAGUCGAACCGAUGCUUUGUAUCGGGAUGAUGCGUCUUCCAAGUGGAAAGCAAUGAGACAACCUGGGGCCAGGGACUCACAGCAGGAGAAAAUUUCCCUGGCCUGUGUUCAGUUACGGGAACUGGUACAGAAGGUGCAGGGCCAUCCAGCUCCAUCACCACAGCCUGCUGCUGCUACUAAGGGCCCUGAGGCCGUGACCCCUGACGACCUUCUUGACCUCAUCGAACAGAUGAGACUCUGCAUUGACCGAAUGCCCGUCAUGCAGGCUGACAGUGCUGAGCAACAAGGUACCACCAGCUGUAAUGCACAGAGUAUCAGUGGAGAGGAAGGGUCGGCGAAAGGUCAAGAGCGGGGUGUGGGUCAAGAUGUGCAGAUCUCCCAGAAAAGUGCUCAGAUGAGAAAGUCAAAAUCCUCCUCUUCCCUUCACCUAAGGAUGUCUCUUUAAAGGGGACAUUGCAGCUUGUUGUGCCAGUGUUGAGAGGGAACAAACAACGGUUGUGCAAUUGUGGAGUGGGAACAUAGAAAGAACAGUUGUAUUUAAGCACAGAGUGGGAAUUUUUAAAAAAACUGUUGUGUGUUUAGUGGGAACAAAGAAAGAACUGUUGUGACAGUAUAGAGUGGGAAUUUAUUUUUUAAAAACAGUUGAAACAUGAAAGAACAGAUGUCAGUCUAUCAUAGGAACAAAGAAAGCACUGUUAUGUCAGUGUGUGGUAGGAACGAAGACCGGUUGGGUCUGUGUGAAGUGGGUUGUGCUUUACUUUUACCAAUAGCUGUAGAGCAGUGGAAAGGGUAAGGUGGGAGGCGGAACAUAGUAACCGAUGUUUUACUUGGGUAAAUAGUGCUUUGUUAUGGGAUUGGUGAGUUCGUUUUGAGAUGAAAUUGAUUAUGUGUGAAGCUCUGCGAUGUGUUAUAGCCACUGUGGAAGUUUCUGGAGGGUUCAGAUUCUGAAGAAAAGGCAUGUAGGACUUACAGUUCCCUGGCGUCGGUCAAAAGAUGGAUGGCUUUUCCUGCCACCUUGACUGUAUGUUUUCAGCCAAGGAAUUAAAAUCAAGGUUGCAAAGCUACAGCAUGGGUUUUUUUUCCUCCCCAUUCCUUUUCUCUGGUCCCCUGGGAAUUUUUUUUUUUUUUUAAACAUCAGCAACCACGGGUCUAUUAGAUGUCACAGAGGCAAGAGAUACAAGGAUACAUGUGACAGAUUAUGGUGUUUAGGUUCAGUGGACCGGAUUCUUUUUUGGUCAUGAUCAUUCGUGGCAAAGCCACCAUGUGCUUCCAGUGCUAUUUCAAAAUUCUGUCAGAAUUUCCGGAUUUCCGACUGCUUUGUUGUGUAAAUGACCCCCUGUGUUCUUGCCAUGUGAGCCUUUUUCUCCCCCCCCCCCCCCCCCCCCCACUAAUUGGUCAACAUUGUGCUUCAUUCACGUUCACUCCUGCUGCUGAUGCCCUCAGCAUUUUCUCCAUGUAGUAUGCUUGGCCUUAUGGUUGUACAGCUCCUGUGAAUAUAUUUAUAUAUCAUGUAUAGUCACACUUACUGUUAUAUGUUUCGAAUGUACGCAUAAAGAAACUGGGGUAUUAGAGACCUUUUAAGGAACUAUGGCAGUAUUCCAGAAUUUUAAAAAGAGGUGGACACACUGGCACUUUUUCGAAUGUACGCAUAAAGAAACUGGGGUAUUAGAUACCUUUUAAGGAACUAUGGCAGUAUUCCAGAAUUUUAAAAAGAGGUAGACACACUGGCAUUUAUAUUGAAUUGUUGUUGUUGUUUGAUGUUUUCAAAUCUCUUUAGCUGCGAGCAUUUCGCUCAUGGCAGCGCAAUGCCCCCCUCAAGUAACUACAUGUCCUUGUCAUCUUGUCAACGCCAGUUUUUAUUGAGUAAAACGUGUUAUAAUUGAAGACGUUUUUCUUUUUUCAAUUAAAAAACUUUUAGUCACAUAUUAUUUCAAUUUUGGAUUGUAAUGCUGAGUUUGCAACAGACAUAAAUGAUUACACUGUAUGAUCGUAUUCUGUGGUAGACUUUAUUUGCCGUAAUUGGAGACAGUAAGUAUUUUUCCCUUCAAAAUGCUUUAACUCCUUUGUGAUUCUACACGAUAGAAUUCUGAUCUGUAACUGCAUAAUUGUAUUCUCACUCUUCACUUGUUGUCUCAGGUAGGCUUCAUCCCCAUCAUCAUGACGAUCUUUGUAAGAUGUCAUGUACCAGGGUUGGCAUCUCUUGAAUUCUUUUAAAAAGAGUCGGGGAAAAGGGUUGGGGGUUUUAUUUGUUGUUGGGUUUUUUUCCUUUUUAAGAGUUUGGCUUAACAUGUAAAGCAUAAAAAGGAGAAAGGAAGAAAAGAGGGGGGGGGGGGGGUUCCCAUCCUUUUCUGUGUUGUGUCUUAUUCUUUGUAUUUGUAAUGAAGAUACAAGUCCCACCUGUGUCAGGGUGAGGAACCUUCCCAUCAGAUGACAACAUGGACUGUGACAUUCAGCAGUCGCGAGCACCAAGCCAGUUCUCUGCAAGCCUUCAACAAGUUCUUCGGUUACUAUAUAAACAGACAGUGCUUCUAUAGCUUGCUAAGCUACAGAUUUUGUGAAAGAAAGACGUGCAAGCUUCGAUACACUUGUGAAAGAAAGAAAGAUGCUGGUGCUGCGUCUUGCCAGACCAUUAUGUUGGUGCUAUUUGUUUAUUUUGAUGAUAACAGUUUGAUGUUGGAGAGAUUUGGUGCUGAUGUUAAUACUGGUUGGGUUUUUAAAGGACAGUUUCCUAGUCGUAUACUGGACAAUUGGGUAGGGGCACACUCCUCGUUGUAAUCAUUUUUUUUUAGAUCAAAUGUUUGGUGUUUGUGUCCGACUUUUUCCAUGUCUUGCGUAGCAGGGCGGAAUGAAGAAUGCCAAAGUUUGUCACACUGCUCUUAACGUGAAGACAGCGCACAGUAGAUAAUUAUUUUUUUUUCUGCAGUCACCAUUCCUGUGUCUUUACGUAUUUUGUUGUUAGCUAGACUUUGUUGCCUUGUUGUUUUUUUACCCAUCACUGACAUUCCCAAAGCCCGGACCAUCCAUGAUGCUGGUUUUUAGCUCUGUUUUUAACUGUUGCCAUCCACUGCUCCUUUUGCCUUCAUAUGUAUUUUGCAAUCAUGUUUUGCUACUCACUAAAUUUUUUGGUAAGUUAUGUUUGGAGGUUGCAGAGGUUUAACUUUUGGUAUAUAGUUUUGGGUGGAUUUUUGUUUUUAAUUGUUUGCCUCUGAGUCUAGAAUUGCUGGGGCAAGUAAAAUGGCACAGUUGAGUACUCACUUUACCUUAUUCUUUGAGAUGUGUUCAUUUUCUGUCGUAACUCACUGACUGCUGGUGUUGGUACCCCAAUUCAACCCUGGCUGCCGGCAUGCAAAGGGUGAUUUAGAACAUUAAUUGUCGGAUGACUUUUCUAGACGAACACUUAUAAUAUAAUUUUUACCAUCUAUAAUUUUUAUGUUGUGUUUUAUUGAGGGGAAAACAGAUUUUCAAUUAGUGUCAUACUUUUUUUAAAAUGAUUAUUUGAAAUAUAUGGACAAAAAUUAAAUCUUGAUUACAUGAGUCAUUGUUGAGGAAGUGCUUGAAGCAGCCUCUAAGGCAUGGAUUUAGGUUUGUUUUUUGUAAACCCUUUUUAACGAAAUAAUUGAGAUCUGAAUAUUCUAAGUCUUUCUUGUGACCAUCUUGUAUGCCAUGUUGAAUAUCAGAACCCACACAAAUGAACAGUUUUACUUUUAGAGGUUGGACGAUAUUCAAGUUCAAGUUCAACAUAAAAUUCAGGCACCACUCUGCCAGAUGUAAAAGAUACCCAUUGAAAAGCACCUCAGUAUAAAAGAAAACCUUCAAAAGCAACACUAAUGGAUCGAGGGACACAGCCAAGAUUGUUCGUGAAUGGGUAAAUAAUGUAAAUAUAGUACAGAAAUUGAAACUGGCAGGGGUGCAGGUUUGGGAUUUCUUGUAUGUCUAGACUUACGGACGCAGUGUCGGUUCGGCAGUCAGUGAGUCAAAGCGAGUCCUAUUUCCAAGACUUUGUUAGGCUUGUGCUUGGUUGACCUUAAUUUUCUACCAGUAAAUGAGGGGUUGGUCUUUGUCCACCCGACUUUUUCUCAAGGUACUCUCUGUCUGGAUAUGCCUUGGUCUGCUAUCCCAGAGUCACAAUUUAUAAUUCUGAAAUGAAAUUAUCAAACCCAUAUGAUAAAGCAGUAAGGGAAGAGCACAGCUUAUUUCAAAGCUAAAAUCAUUCUUGGUAUACUGAGGAUCAAAGAUGUUUUGCGUUGGAAGAUCGGUGAUCGCUGAUUUUACAACGCAACAUCUGUUUUGCUAUACAUGUGUAUGAAAUUUCUUACUUUCACUGAGUAGGUAAUAAGAUUGUACCUUAAUCAGUUUUAUAUAUAAUGUAUUUACUUCAUUGCUCAUUAAUGUUGCCUCUAUUGUAUCUCAUAUGGUUAAAUGAUUUGUUGAUUUCUUGCAUUACAUCAAUGAAGUUGUCAUCUUGCUCACGCUGUUCCUCGAUGCGGUGGAAUCAGACACUCGUCAAUAUUUGGGCAUUUGGAGAUAUUGUUAUCAACUUAAAGCGUGCUCAUUUGUCUGUCUUUUGAUGAGAAAAAAAGUACCCAUUUGACUUGGAUAAAAGUUUUGGUGUUUACGAUUGAAGGAGGUGGGAGUCACUUGGUUUCAGCGGUAAAAUAAGCAAGAAAAUGGCCACCAAAGUUUGGUGACUUGCAAAGCUUGAGAUUCCUUGGAAACUGAAAAUUUACAUUUUGUUUGCUUUUAAUCAAUGUAUUUUUUUUAAAAAUCAACACAACAAUGUGUAUUUAAAUGAAGGUGGAAAAAAAAGAUGAUUAGUCAAAAACCAAAAAUUUGAUAAAAAUUGCUGAACUGUCUGAAAAUUUCUGUAUCUUCAAUUUCAUUAUUUUGACAAGCGCCUGAUUUCACCACACUGCCUCGCAUAUUUCUUCACGUGUACAUUCUGUGUGUGGAGAGGUUGGGCUUUCCUGAGGCCUGGUCAUGUGUAUCUAUAUCAUGAGAAGCGUUACAAGUACAGACCCUGUUGUAGAAAGUCCAGCUUGUGGAAGUUCAUCACCGGAUGUUGCUUUUGAUCUCACAAAAAUGAUUUUUGAAACUUUUCAUUCAUAUUGACACUUAUUUAAUCAUGUUAUAUGUGGUUGGGGUGGAGUGUUUUUUUUUAAUUCACUAAGUACUUUGUGUUCAAUGUGGAAUAGCUGAUCUUUUGAUUAAUAUAUUAGUCUACAAUUUAAGUACUCAGUUUUGUAUUUAAUUAUGUUUUUUAUUAAUGAAGAAAUAAUUUGUUCUCCACAUUAUGAACCUGCCCAAACCAUAAGUGUUCUGCCUGUCCUCAUCUUUUAAAGGCUCUUCUGAAUGAACAUGUCAGUGAAGAUGUCAAAAGUUAUGUCAAAUUGCUCCGACUUGAAAAUGAAACGAGACAUAAAAAAUACAUUACCCACCAAUAUAAAAACGAUCAGUGAAUGUUCCAUCUCAACAUCCCGAUAGGCCUAUGUAUUUAACAUGAAACACAUGCAAAUUGUUCAGGGUUGACAACAUUUGUGUAUACCACUUGUCACAAAAAUAGAGGAUUUAGCUUCAUAAAAUGUGCACCACAUCAUACUCACAUAGUUUAACUAAAUUUGCCGCAUCUCCCAUUUCUGAACAUUUACAUUGUAUAUUUUGCUUACACGCAUUUAUGGUUCAACAGUGGUUCGUAUAUGUUUCUCGUUAAAUAGUAGGGGCAAUGAGCAGGGAUGCCAAAUGUCUGGUUUUUCCGGGGUUUCUUCACUUGCAAAGGAAAGGGCAGAGGUAAGAGAGAAUAUGCUUUUGUUUUCUCAUUUAAAAGCUUUACAAGGUUCGGUGAGAUGUGAUGCUCCGCUCAUUUUCAGGUGUUUUUUUUUGCAAAAAUCAUUUGGCAUCCCUGAAUGAGUUAUUGAAGGAUUCAGAGAGUUAUGAACUAUUCGUAGAUGAGGUUUGGGACUUCAAGCUAUGGGAUGUGGCUUUUGGUUUCCCCACCUUCCCUACAGACGAGGGAGGAGACAGAAGACUGUUCGCUUUAGUUGGGUUUUUUUUUUUAGGUAUAUUAUAUCAACUUCUGUGAACGAAAUCUUCAAAAUUAUACAAUUUUGGGAGGUGAUUUUUUUUUUUUAUCCUUUUAGUCUUGAUCUUGAACUAAUUCUAGUAUUGUCAGAUUCUAGGAGGAGAUUUGGGCUCAUCAUCUGUUGAAGGCUGUUGCUUGCAUUCAACAAAUAAUUUCUCUAGUGAUUUCCGUUUGUUUAUCUAACAGAUUUUUACAAAGAGGUAAAAUCUGGCAAUUAAUUGUUCCUUUGAUAAUUUGCAGGAGGAAAUAACUCUCUUAAAGUAGACAAAAUAAUAUUUAGUUUGUUACAGAGUGGAGCUUUAAGAUUGUACAUAAAUCAGUUUCCUAUAUAAUGUAGACUUUCACCUAGUGCCAUGAGGUUUGAGCGUGAUCUGUCGUUGGUUUUGUUACUUCUCUUUAUGCUGACGUUUGUGCUCAUAGAAACUCGUGGCUACUAUUGAAUAGGAAAAAGUGUUUUCUGUAUCAUUGUUGUACUGUAUUGUGUGUUUUUUCAUAUGUGUAAAGUUCAUUGGCAUGGCGACUGUAUACACUGUUCCUUCCAGUAUUGACUUCAUGUUGUUGUUAGCCAAGGCUUUAACUCUCAACGUUUUAAUCUUCAACAUGUUUGUUGUAUGCAUGAUGAAGUGUUGUUAACACAUUCAGAUACCGCACUGAUUGUUGUCAUCUUGUUCCUUUUUAUUUUUGUUUGUUAAUAUCAACUAAAAGUCACUGAACUUGUAUCUUGUAAGACUUUAAGCUUUCCUUUCAAAUUAUUUUAUUUUGUCAAUCACAGCCUCGACUAGGAGCCGUCUUGGUCGUAGACUGGAGUUCAUUUUUAUGGAUCAUAAUAAUACAGAGAAAAUUCGUCUUGGUUUAAUGUGAGUCAGAUUCAUCGUACCAUCUGAUCUGACUGUAUAGGACAGACAUGCAUCUGGACUUUGUCUUGAACAACUGACAAUCAUUUUUUAAACUAGUAUUUUGUGCAAUAUUAAUUUUAAAGUAUCAUAGUUAUCCUUUCAGUAAUGGAUCCUAUCUAUGGUUGAAAUAUAGCUUAGCUCUAUCCGCGUAUAAUUUUCAUAAUCUGGUAGGUUUUUUAUUCAUUAUAAGCGAGUCAUAGAUUUUUAUUUCCUUUGAAGUGAGCAGGCAUUUGAUAAAGAAACACAUAUUUUCUCAGUAGUUUUACCAGAGAACUAAAGAAAUGAAUACAGGCCUGAAUAAGAGUCUGAAUGUUAUGCCUUCCUCUGUUUCUUUAUUUUUUCCUCUUUCAGAAGGGUUUUUUUUUUCAUUUCUGAAGGACUUCACUCUCAUUUAAAAUGGUAUUGUUUAAAAAAACAACUAUUGUAUGCAUUUUGUUAUAGGGACACAAGUCCCAGCAGAUUUUUUUAUUUAUCAGAUUGAUAUGAUUUAGAGUACUAACAUUUUUGUCACUGUUUUUCCCAAAUCAACUCUUGUUGUGGUAUGAAAAUGGGUUGUUAUGAAGCCAGGUCUAAAUACCUCAAGAGAUGGAAGUUCCUAGGUAUGACUCUUUUCCGAUCCAACGGCCAUCUGAGUUCGAGUUCUUCGGCCUGAUCGAAAUUAUGACAAAGAUAAUCUUAUUAGUUCUUAAAAGCUCAUUUCACAAGCUCGCAUCAUAUAUGGACUUAAGUGAAAUCUGUUUUUAUAUAAAUCAUGGUUCCUCCAAUAGACACUGAUGAGUGGCAAAGAGGUUACUCUGGUCAAAAGGAUGUGGCUAAUGAGAAAACUUUUUCUUUUUCAAGUUUUGGAUUUUAUUCAUUCACUUAAAAUGCAGCAGUCAGAUGUCUAAAAAGAGAAAAAUGUGUAGAAGAUUUUGUGGAUUUUACUUCGAGCAAAGUAAGUUUCAUUUUAACUUUUUAAAAGCUGUUGCAUUUCUUUUUGAGUUGUGACCCAAGUAAGUGAGGUUCAUUGAAUUGAGCUAAUCUUUUUUCCUCUAAACUAACUGACUUUUUUUCUUUUUUUUUUUUUGCUGUGUAAACUGUGAUGUUUAGAGGAAGGUUUUUUAAUUCAAUUUUUAAGAGAAUGCUCACAAAGUUUCCUUCAAUUUUAAUUUGUAAUCUGGGCUUUCAGUGUUUCCUUUUACUGUGACGAACCUGGACAUGGCGAAAUUACCCUUUCUUUUACUGCUAUCAACUUUGCCCAUUGCUGAGAAAAUGGUUUCUUACUCUGAAAAUAAUUCAUGAUAAAAUACCUUGUUGUUGCUCUUUCAUUCCUCUGCUUUCACUCUUAAGUGUUCCAUUAGUGAGGUGACAGAACAUUCCUAGAGAAAAAAUAACCUCUGCUGAAGGAGAAUGUGUAUUAUUAUCUAUGUUUCACUCCUCUGCUUUCACUCUUAAGUGUUCCAUUAGUGAGGUGACAGAACAUUCCUAGAGAAAAAAUAACCUCUGCUGAAGGAGAAUGUGUAUUAUUAUCUAUGUUUCACUCCUCUGCUUUCAUUGUGUCCUUAGCUGGGAACGCCCGCCAAGUAGAACAUGUUGUUGUGCGUCGCUUCAUUUUGUGUCUAGCAUAUUAUUAUUAUUAACAGCUGCAUCGUGUAGAUGUCAGCUUGAUGAAUUGGUUUGCUCAGUAUGUUUCGAUAUUGUCCGUUCAUGAUAACUGGAUCUCUUAUUGUUGUAAAAACAAAUGCAUUCUUGUACUUUCAAAGUUUUGUGAUAUUCAUGUAAUUUGUGUCAUUAAAAUUUUUUUUAAUUUGAAAGGCAGUAUGAAUGAGUUUCUUAAAGUAUUAAUUAUUAUUUUGUCCCCUUUUGUUCACCGCUGGGUUUAGUUGUUUUUUUUUGUUGAGUAUUGUUUGUAAAUGAUUCUACUUACCAUGUAGCUCUCUUGCGGACUGUUUAUUGUCAAUGAAUCAUUUACUUGCAGCGUAUUUUAAGUUUUCAUCAUAAUGUUUCCCGUUAUGAGGAAAAUGACAAAAAUCAGUAUUUGACCAUGUUCAGGAAAUUUAUAGAUGUUUUAUUGCACUAAGGUUAUUUUUUUUCUUUUCCAGUCAGUUAAAGAGAAGAGAAAAUAGAAAUUGCUGUGUUCAAAAUCGUGUUUUUUUUUUAAUUCAGUUUUGUUACUUUAAUGAACAUUAAGUAUUAUGUAAAUAUAUAAGUUUUACUUGUGAAUUGGUGUACUUUCAGUGUAGUAUUCUAGUCAGCAACAUAGUAUAAUGGGGGGUUCCCUCUAGAACUGUGCUACCACGUGAUUUUUUAAACACUGAAAUGACUUUUUUUAAUGCAGUCAUGUUCUGUGCAAAAUGUUUUAUUUAUGAAGAGCAUUCAUUUGUGUAUUAACUGCCUAGUCAGUUUGUUUUUUGUUGUUUUGUUUGUUUUAUAUUGGAAUAUUGCCAGUACAGGAAUGUUCAUGAGCCUUUCGUCUGUUUUAUUUUGUACGGCCAUGCUUAAAUUUUGUAAUUGAUAGAAAAUAAUAUGAUGUAAUUAAUUAUAAAUAUCUAAAUGUUUGUGCAAAGCGACAGGGGUGAGAUUUGAGGAGGGGUGUUAGAUGUAGAGACUGCAAUUUGGUUUUGUGUUCAAUUUAUCGCUCUGACCGUGCAUUUUUGUGCCAGAUGAGCUAGCCAUGGAUGAGCUAUGGUUAGAUCGCAGCUUGGCAAAUGAUGUCCUUUUUUUUAAAAAUAAGACAUUUAUUUGCUCUCCUGAACCAUCAGAAAAUAAUCUUCAAACUUUGAAGCAUAAUUCAUGUGUAUCAUUUAUACAUGUAUACAUGUGUCACAACGCGGUGAAAUCAGACACUUGUCAAUUUUUUGGCAUAUGAAGUUAUUGGUAUACUCUUAAAGCCUGUAAAUUUUUCUUUCUUUCGAUGAAAAAAAAGUAUCCGUCUUUCUUACAUAUAAGUCUAGAUAUUUGAGGUUGAUAUGGAUGGGAGGGUUUACCGGUGUCAGAGGUAAAAUUAGCGGGGAAAAUGACCACCAAAGUUGUACUGCAGUGAGCUGACAAAACUCCUUUUUUUCAUUUUGGCACCCUCAUUUUUUAUUUGCUAAAUUGAAAGUCUGAUCGGUUACCCUACUUGUGUGAAAAAAUCAAAGUGAAACUGACUAGGUUUUUAAAUAAAUUUGAAUUCACAAUUUCGGGAGGACUCUAUUUUGCAGUGGUUACGCUGACAAAAAACUUCUUUUUCUCGAAACUACCGUGAAUAAAAAAGACGUUUUGUCAGCUUACAGCAGAGUAGUAUGGUUGGAAAGAGAAAAUUUAUAUAAUGAGUGCCUUAAAGUUUUUUAGUAAAAUUCACACAGAAAUAAAUGUAUCUCUAAACGGACAUAAAAGGUGUUGAGCUUAAAAAAAACAACAACAACAAAAUCAAUAAAUAUUGCACAAUGAGCGGGAAAAUGUCCGUUUCUUCAAUUUCAUUAUUUUAACGAGCGUCUGAUUUCACCACGAUGCCUCACAUUUAUGUACUUCUUCACUUUUACUUUUGCUGCAGAUUAAAGAUACACUGACUUUUCAGAGCAAAAUACGCUCUUCCAUUAUUGAUAUAUAUAUAUUAUUAGUGUUCAUGUAUACCCUCGGGUCUUACACACUAUGGAUAGCAGACAGCUAGCUGUGUGAAUAUGGCCAUAGUUGAGCCUUGCCAGAUAAUACUUAACGUUAAUUGUGUCAAAAUUUGUUUUCAGUCUUGACAGAAUAACCCUUUUAAAUUGUAUGCCCUUCGAAAGAUUUAACAAUUACACCUUCAUUGAACAUAGGGGUUUUCCUUUUAAACUAAAGGGCUGGUAAACCUAGCACGAGCAUAUUUCAUGGUUUCAUCGCCUUGUAAGGCUGGUGCAGAUGGGUCUUUCCAUGUCAAGUUGAAGUAAGGAUAGAGAUUUUUAGAAAUGUUCAAAGGGUUAAGUUUAUAAGAUACUCUUGAUAAGGGACAUUUUGGAAGAAAAGUGAAGCUUCCGAAAUGUACCCCAAGCUCUAUUUGAAUUAUGGUGCCUGGCGUUUGUGUUCUCAUAGCAGAAAUAUGCGUUGCUCUGUAUGGGGGUGGAAUGUAGCAAUGUUGUUGUGACAUUACUUGUCUUUAUUAUUAUUUCUUUUGAUUUUCAACUUCUGAUAAUUUUUUUGUAGUUGACAUUUUGUUAAUAUGGUGUAGCAUAUUUGGUUUUUUUGUGUCUUUUUAUUCACAUAGUUUUGUAACCAGUAUGGUUUUGACAUCAAAUGCAGAAGAAACAGAAACGCAUGUACCAUUGCAUAAGUGAUUUUAUUGAAGCUCGCUCAGUAUAUGUUUGUAAAUUUUGUCUAUUUUUGUGUACUAUGUUUGCUUUCACUACAUCCGAUCUUGACUCAACUAACAUACAGGCAUAAUCACGCUGUUCAGUAUUUGUUUCCAAAUUGGUAAUUUAAAUUAGCUAAACGUUUGAACAUUUGACCAAAUACGUGUAGUCUUUGAUAAGUCUUUAUUUAUUGAGUUUGAAGUGGGAACACAGUUUUGCCUUUGCUUUACCUGUUGUUUUGUGCCUCACUAUGUUCAAAAUAAAAUGUGUAGUGCUGUACAUGUAGCC